AUAAAAUCCCAGAUUGUUCAAAAAGUCAAAAAAAUUGAAUAGUAAUUUUGAUCCUAAAUAAUUACAAAUUUUCUGCCACGAAACAAUUAAUUAACAAGUUGGUCAAGGAAAGAGUGAGAUAAGUGCUGAUCCAUCAGUUAUCAUCACUCAUCCUCCACACUCAUCAUGAUUAAAGCCAUCCUCGUCUUUAAUAAUCACGGAAAGCCGAGACUUUCAAAGUUUUAUGUGCACAUUAGUGAAGAAAUUCAGCAGCAAAUCGUCAAAGAAACAUUCCAUCUCGUCUCCAAAAGGGAUGACAAUGUUUGCAAUUUCUUAGAAGGAGGAAGCCUGAUCGGCGGGGCAGACUACAAACUAAUCUACCGACAUUAUGCCACCCUCUACUUUGUCUUCUGUGUCGACUCGUCCGAAUCCGAAUUGGGAAUUCUCGACCUAAUCCAAGUCUUUGUCGAAACGCUGGACAAAUGUUUCGAAAAUGUGUGCGAGUUAGACCUCAUUUUUCAUGUGGAUAAGGUCCACUUUAUACUGAACGAGCUCGUCAUGGGCGGAAUGGUGCUGGAGACCAAUAUGACCGAAAUAUUUACCCGCAUAGAUGAACAGAACAAGUUAGAACGGCAAGAGGCCGGCCUCUCCGCCGCUCCCGCUCGGGCCGUCUCCGCUGUCAAGAAUAUGAACAUGAACAUCUCCCAGCAGAUCAAAGACAUCAAACUCCCCGACCUCCCGCAGGCCAUAAAAGACUUGAAAUUUUGAUAUUCAGCCACCAACCCGUACACGCCGUGUGAUGGGGGUGGUGGGCCUUCCACCAGUGCGGGUGGCGAUGGAGCAGCCGAUGACAUAACUAUACUUUAAAAGACCACCCUUCCAGACACAAGAUAAGACAAAUACCUCUCCAAUUUCUGGGGUGAAAGAUUCUCCUAAAUUUACAAGACUUUCGUACGCCUCGAUAACUCGUCGCCAAAUUUGUCAAAAACAGAACAUUUUUAAUCAUUUCUCCUCUCUGGGAAUUUAUUUUAAGAUUCUGAAAGCAGGUAGUUCCCAAUUAAAAAAAAAUAAGAACUCCUGAUAUUGACACUGCUUGAAGGAGGAGAUUUCAAUUUUCUUAAAAGCCUUCAGAACAAUUGGAACUCAUCGUAACUGGCUUAAAAACUUACCGUCAUUCUAUCAAUCAACGUACUGACUACAAAUUUGUCGUCCAGAAUUUUAAAAUAUAUUCCCACAGCCGAGAAACGAUUAUAAAUGUGCUGAUUUUGACUCUUUGACGAUUCGUAGUAAUCGAAUCCUACGUUAACAAAAGUAAAAACAAUCAUACAAUUCCAGAUGUAUUUUUACAUGCAAAUUACGAGUGGCUUUAAUAAUAUUUAUGCAAUUCAUGUUAAACAACUCUGUAUCACACGUUUUCUCGGGUUUCUCUUUAUUCAUUUUUGUUAUACGAAUAAUAAAUGCAUUUCAGUAA